GUACGCUUUUCCGUUCAAAUUUACAUUUUGUUCCUUGUACAUGUAAGAUGAGUUGGAAUAAUAGCGACUAAUUGUAUGAGAAGGGAAAAUGGCAGCAAACUUCUGUUAUUCAACUGAUCUUACAAACCUGUCAAUUAAACUUUCUAAAACCCAGUCGCCUGUUAACUCAGCCACCAUGUUUACAGCAGGAUUAUUAGGAAAUGGUUUGGCUUUAGUAAUACUCGUACGACAUGCCGCUCAGCACAAAUGGGGUAUAUUUUACAGGCUUGUUGCAGCUCUGGCGUCCACGGAUGUGUUCGGAAUAUUGACCACGGGACCGGUUGCUUUCGCUGUGUAUGAUAAUAAGUUCAAAUGGGUAGGAGGAAAACCGUUAUGCGACUACUUGUCGUUCAUGCUUAUAUUUUCCGGCACCGCUACUUUGGCCAUCAUGACUACAAUGUCACUAGACAGGUACUUGGCUCUGUGGUAUCCAUACUUCUAUAACUCCUUACAAAAUAAGAGAAGAAUAUAUGUUAUGCUGGCAGGAGUCUGGAUUUUCGCAGCCUUUAUAGCAUCUUUGCCUUUGAUGAAAUUCGGUCGCAACAUUCGACAGUUUCCAUGCACUUGGUGUCUCUUUGACUACUUUGGAACUCAUCCAACAGAUAAGGCGUUUUCAAUACUGUUUGCAUCACUGGGAAUUCUUAGCAUUAUAUCGUCAUCAGUUUUCAAUUGUUUAGUUAUUUAUGCCAUUUGCAAGGGGACGCGCAGUGCUCGUCGAGGGAGUAUGAAAAGCGUCAAAGGGAAAAAGCGCGAGAGAAGGAACGAAGUCUACAUUUUAAUCUUUUUAAUCGCUAUCUUGGUUACACAUGCUGCUUGUUGGAUCCCUAUAAUGGUACGAAUUCUUAUCAACACAUCGGGAAACCCACCAAAUUUUAAAGCCGAUAUUUUAGCCUUUAGAUUGGCAGGGGUGAACCAGAUCCUGGAUCCAUGGCUCUAUAUCAUACUGAGAAAAGAAAUACUUGUAAGAGUUUACAAAUUUUACCGCAAGAAGAGGUAUGGCGAUGACGCUGACUCCACGAUACAAAGCAACACUACUGAAUAUUCCUCCGGAAGUAUGCGCGGUAAUGUGCGUCUUCAAUCACUGAGCCCAAAGGAGAAGAGAAUUCUGAAGAAAAUAAAUUCAACAGAAUCCAGUGCUACCUAUGUUCCCAAAUAGAAUAUAGCACUGCGACUUCCUUCAACUUAGAUUUAUUUCCGCAUAAUACAAACUGUUAAACGUGGAAACUGAAAAUUUAUUUUAAAUUGAUUUUAAACCGUCUUAUUUAUGCAAUACUGAGAAAACAACAAAAUAGGAUUAAAUAGCUGCAGAUAUGUAGCUCUCUGGGAAAAUAUGGGGUCAGACCAGAGAUCUAUAUAACAAACCCUUGUAAAAACCUUAGAUUUACGGCACAGAAAAAAAUGGCAUGAUUGAGGUUAUGUAUUCGGUUGUCAUUGAUCGUAAACACGGAUAAUUAACAAAAAUUAAAAAUGUAUAAUAAUAAACGAAGACCUUGAGUAUUGGAAAGUAAUCCUAGUGAAUUAUGAAAGCCUAUCAGCCCCCCCCCCCCCCCCACCCCACCCCCCGUCCUCGCCACUGAUAGCAAAGUGUAAAAACAGACCAGAUUACUGAAAGCCGUGAAUUUAAUUCAAUAUUCAACCCUAUUUAAAUAAUUACUUUUUAAAAAAACUGAGAUGCCAUCCAAAUUAUUAACAAAAUAGUUUCUUGAGGAUAUUUGUUAAUCACGGAGACAUUAUAUACCAUAGAUCUAUCUAUUCUCUCAAAUGCAUCACUACGUCCAUCAGUAUCUGCGUGUUGGAGAUCUUCGGAACUGUGAUAAUAGUUUUCUGGAAUUCUCUGUUCGCUGAGAUAUCUACAUUCAAGAGUAGUUUAAAGAAUACUAUUUUUAGAGAUUUUAAUGGUUUACUCCUUUAACCCUUACUUGUAUAUAUCAUAUGUAAAUAAUAUUAUUGUAUAUAUAUUGUACCACGCCAUUGAAUACUUGAACAAUGUUAAGAUAUAACUAAAUGAUCAAUCUCAUAAAUCCUGCUUGUAUGUACAAAAUAGUUACUCAUUCCGAUAAACCAGUUUAAGUUUCAAUACUUACACAAAUGUAUUUUCUGUAACUGUAACGGAGUUUGUUGGACUAUGAAUUAGAAUUGAAAAGAAUGCUUUCUCUUUACUCUCCUUACAGCUUUGUCUUGGAGGAAUCCUAAAUAUAUUUUACAAAUCUUCUACAUGCCAUAUCACUUUUGUAAAUUCCACUAACAUCUACAGUAUUGAAUUCCUGCAAAAGCAGAAGUUUGGGGUCAAAUACAAAAUGCUGUUCAAAUUUGCAGAAAACAUGACACAGUUUAUAUUAAUUACCAUUGUAACCUUAUACCAUGUAUCUUCAUCUGUUUCUACAAGACAGCCCACUCUGAACAUUUUCACCAGUUGUCAGUGCCUUGUCAAACAAUGCUAGUUUUUCUAUAGCACGUGGACAAAGUAUUGAAAAGAUCUGCAACUCCUGUGGAUAGUUGAUACCACGAUAUUGAUGUACGUUUUGUCUUUAGGGUCCGGUCGUGGUAGCUCCGUGAUAGAGCGUUCGCUUCCUGACCGGGAGGUCCCGAGUUUGACCUUUGCUCGUGCCAUGACUGCAUCAAAUCUAAGAUGUAAAUAUAGGUAUUGAUUUCUUCUUCGCCAAAGGCUCGGCAUUUGGUAGUGAAAUUGUCGGGUCGUUUGGAUAUGCCCUCAAAGAGAUGGAUCAUGUCGUGGCAGGCAUUGGUACGUAAAAGAACCCGAACCGCUACAGCCCUGACAUCUGAGCAGCGGUCUUAACUUACGUAAAAGAACCCGCACCGCUACAGCCCUGACAUCUGAGCAUAGGUCUUAACUUACGGUAUUUCGCCUACAGCUGGUGACGUCACAAUAUGAGUAUAAAUUCUUUAAGGGACGUAAAACAAAGAAUUAAAAAGAACUUUUUAGAGUUACCAAGGGGAGAUAAUUUGAUUAGUAUGAUACCAAUCAAAUUACGUUCCGGAAUCGAAAAAUAGGAUAGAUCGGUGAACCGAAAUCACAAAAUAAAAUUUCAAUCUUAUUUAUAAUCAUUCUUGUACUUUGUUAACUAACUCGUUCUUAUAGUAGUUACGAUCGAAUUCUCUUUACGUCAUUUACUUUCCGCUCAUUGGUACCGACGAUCGCAACUUCUCGGACCUUUCUGACAUAUAUAACCAUAACCUCCAUUUGUUUUUUAAUCAAAAUAAAAUACAACUAUCGAAAAUUAUGUUAGGUCGUCUAUGCAAUAGAUAUUUCCCCCAGAAACAACGAGAUAAGUUUCAAACAUGUUAAUAAUCAAUCAGUAGGUAUAAUUGCUUAUUGACAAUCAAACGUUUAGAACAAAUUAAAACGGUAAAAAUGUAUCAUUUGAAUGUCAUAUUGAAAUAUUUAAUUGUCCAAUCGGACAAGUUUGUUUGUCCGAAUCAGAGAUAUGCUGGACAUGGACAAUCAAACCAAUGUUAAUGUUGAGCUGUGAAUUAUCAUGUGAUAUUUUCUAUUUCUGUUUAUUGUAUUCUCCCUUUAUUUUGUAUCUUUAUUAAUCAUCUUUUUGAAAACCUAAUUGAGUAGUGUUUUAAUUUUAAUGAUAUCUACUGAUUGACAUCAUUGUGUAGUGUUAUAAUUUUAAUGAUACCUACUGUUUGACAUCAUUGUGUAGUGUUAUAAUUUUAAUGAUAUCUACUGAUUGACAUCAUUGUGUAGUGUUAUAAUUUUAAUGGUACCUACUGAUUGACAUCAUUGUGUAGUGUUAUAAUUUUAAUGAUAUCUAGUGAUUGACAUCAUUGUGUAGUGUUAUAAUUUUAAUGAUAUCUAGUGAUUGACAUCAUUGUGUAGUGUUAUAAUUUUAACGAUACCUACUAAUUGACAUCAUUGUGUAGUGUUAUAAUUUUAAUGAUAUCUAGUGAUUGACAUCAUUGUGUAGUGUUAUAAUUUUAAUGAUAUCUAGUGAUUGACAUCAUUGUGUAGUGUUAUAAUUUUAAUGAUAUCUAGUGAUUGACAUCAUUGUGUAGUGUUAUAAUUUUAACGAUACCUACUAAUUGACAUCAUUGUGUAGUGUUAUAAUUUUAAUGAUAUCUACUGAUUGACAUCAUUGUGUAGUGUUAUAAUUUUAAUGAUACCUACUAAUUGACAUCAUUGUGAUAAAACGAGAAUUACUGAAACGUUUCUCUGGAAGUAAGCACAUUAAAAAAUUUGCUCCUGUAAUAAACGAGUCCUAGUUGAAA